CAAUAUAUCAAUGGCCAAUUAACAUUGCAUACGUUUUACAUGAAUACAUAAAUACAUAAAUACAUAUAUAUAUAUAUAUAUAUAUAUAUAUAUAUAUAUUAUGUAUAUAACACGCUAAUCUUUUAUCAGUAAUGUCGAUUGAAAAUUGUUGUUUGAUGUCAACAAAAUUUAUGGCUUUCUAACGAAAUCAACGACCUAUCUAAAUUUUCCAUCGAAUCUUUCGAAUUCUUCAAACUAUCAUGGCGACGUUACAUAAAAUUGGUACUAAAUCCGAAACGAGAAUGAACGGACGACAAUCGAAACCAUAUUUUGAAGAAAUUGCUGCGAGUAUAGAAGAACGUCAUUGCGAUUUAACGGGACGUCAUAGAUAUCUCAGAGAAAAAAUCACGACGAUGGAGAGAUCAAUACCGGCCCUUAUGGCGUACAACAUGUGGAAAUCCGGGAAGACCUGCGACGAUCCACCAUUUUGCAAAAUUCGCGAAAUCAUGAAUAAGCUAUCGCCCGACUUAGAUCCAACCGAAAAGCUACUUCGUAAUUUAAAGAGCACCGUCAAGGAUCUCAAUAUGGAGACGACGGAGUUGCACGACAAAAUUAUCGAUGCCGACGUUAAAUUGGAGGAAACCGAUAUAGAAUUGGAAUCCCUCGAAUUGGCGAAUAAGGAGAUGAACGAUCAAGCUGACAAAAUUGAAAAGGAAAUUCGUUGUUAUCAAUGUACGAGCUUACAGUCGAUUAAUUCGGAUGAUGUCAUUUGUUUGACGAAAAUACAUCAGUUAGCUAAGGACGAGUUAGAAUUAAAAAAUUGUAUAAAGCAAUUGGAAGAAAAGGAGAUUCUUUAUGUUGAACAAUUGGAUCGUUUGCUCGCAUCAAAAGAAUUUCAAAAUAUUUCUGGUAACAAUAAGAUGCUUAAACGCAUUCAAGAUCUUGAGAUUAACGAGAGGAAGAUGUGUUGCGCGUUGCAAUUUUACAAAAACAAUAUACAACAAUUAAAGAAGGAACUCGUGCGGAAAAAGAGUGAUCAUACUAUAGAUACGACUAAGCCUGUUAAAAAUUCGAAGCAAAUAAUACGAGAUAAGCCAUCGAAGAUUGAAAGAAAAGAAAUAGAACCGUCGAAGACAUUGAAAAAUCGAAUCGAUAUUUCAAAUGAAUUAGAGGAGAAGACCGAUCAUGAUAAUAAAGAAUCAAAAUUAUGUAUUUGCGUGAAGAAAUAUGAUCAAGAAAAUGUUUCGACGAGUAAAAAAUCUAGAAAAUCUUCGAGAACGUUGUCUUCUAAUGUACGUCCAUUAAAAUCGAAUAAUAUUCGGAAAAAUCCUUGCUCAAUUAAUCUUCCAUGUGAUCUUCCUCCCUGUGCUAUAUUAACAUCAAAUUGUCCAAAGGCACCUUGCGAUUUUGAGAUCACGUCUAAUAACUCUUAUUCAUUAUCGUGCAAUAAAUGUCGUUUAUCGGAGAUUAAAAAUGAAUGUAGGUGCAAUUGCAAAGGAAAAUGUGCCUAUGGAUUAUCUAAUGCACCAUGCAAAUGUGGAGCUGGGCCAUUAUGUCCAUUGGACAAAGGAUAUCAACCGGUAGCUGAAUCAUCAUUAUCUAUUCCCAUGAACAAUAGUGACACCGACGAAGAAUAUUGCGAGUGUUGUUCUUGCGGUUGUGAGGACAACGACGAUAACUCCACCUGUUCUUGCAAUUAAAUAUCAAUCAAGCAUUUUAUAAUGUAAUUACAUUGUUCGACACUAUAUAUACACACAUACAAACUUAUAUAUAUAUAUAUAUAUAAAUUCUUUUUCUUUUCUUUUUUUCUUUUUCCUUUUUUUCUUUUUCGUUCAACGACAUCAAAUUGCAUUAAAAUAUUAUAAACGAGAGAUUCUUUAUUUAACGAAAAUUUAUUAUCUGUUAAUAUCGAAAUACAUGCGUAGAAAAAUACGAACGUACCUGUAAAUGUAUUUAACAAAGGAAAUAUUUACGAUACACAUAUUUAAAAAAUAAUUAUAUGUAAUAUCUUUAUGAACGCGAUCAAAACUAAUCUUACUUAUCUGUUGUAUUAAUUAGAAAGGAAUGGCAAAUGGAAAAUAAGGACUUUCCUCAGAUCUGAAAAUACAAAAUAAAAUAUUAUAAUUUUAAUAUAUUAACAAAA